GGUUUCCUUUAUGAUCCCGGGAUCUCCCACUUCCCUCACCAGACAUCAGCCAGCAACACAGGCGAACACAGCUCUCCCGCAACCACUCACACGGCGUCUCUCCCUGCAGCUACAACGCAUCCACCGAGAGACAACCAAAAGACCACCAAGAGACCACAACAUCACCUGCACCUCAGACGCCAGUUCAAAUCGAGUUGCACUCUGAGAGGAUCCCACCGGGAGAUAAAUAACAACUGCUGCAGCUUUCGCAAGACAAGAAAACCAGGGAAAAUACGGCUUUAUUGAGCAUAUAAAACUCCCCGAGCAAGACUUUUGUCUGCUUCUCAUUUACGUUGGUGAUCAAUUUCCCGUCGUGCCACAAUGUCCGAAGUGCUGCCAUACAACGAGGGGAAAAUGAACGGCUAUGGGGCAGAUAGCGAGGUCAGCCAGAUGUCCUACAGCUGCGGACUGCAGGACACGAGCGCCUUCUUCUCCGCGUCGCAGGCGAAGAGACCCCCGAAGCUGGGACAGAUCGGCCGAGCCAAGCGAGUGGUCAUCGAGGACGACCGAAUAGACGACGUCCUGAAGGGGAUGGCAGACAAGUCUUCACCGGGCGUUUAAACGUGAGCGAUGCCUUGCAGACUUUUUAUUUUUGAUCACCGAUUUGAAGCACUUGUCGGCUGUGCAUGUUCGAGGAUUGCGGGAGAAGAACGACGGCACGAAGCAAGGAUGGUGUGACUGACGAGAGGGAAAAACAAGGGGCAAAGACGGAGGCGGGGGAAUGGAGGAGGCUUUAGGAAGAUACACGUUGAAGAAAGCCACAAAGCAAGAGAAGGCGACGGGGAGAGAGACUCUCGAAAAGAACAAGGUUUAUCAAGGGAUUGCUGGCAAUUCUCCAACCAAAUCCCGAUUUUAACUCCUGCUGCGCAGCAAGAUGUUGAGAUGGCGGACACCGCUCAACCUCUGCUGACUUUAAUGAUGGAUGAACUUGUCAUUACUCCACGACCAUCUCCUUUUUUCCCUUUCCCACAGCGCUGUAAGCAACAACAUACUGCAACUGGAGGCUGAGGCUCAAUCCCGGCCCUAUUUCAAUAAGUUGUACAGUACCGUAGGUAGGCUGAGCUCUCAGACCCCCCCCCCCCCCCCCCUUUAGGCUUUGCUUUGUUGAUUCGGUCGGCGGCGGUGCAUUCAAGGGAGCUGUCCUUUCAGCACUGGUCCAAUGCAUUCCUGUUGCUGCUAUCGCUUUUUAAAAGCAGACCGACCAAACUCUCGAGCCUGCUAAGUAGAGGAGACCCAUUGUAUGUAAAAACAUAUAUUCGAGGUUGGUGCAAUGUUAAUAUUUUCUGUAGUAGAAGCCUUGUUUGCUCUUGGCCUUUAAAAGAGCAGUAGGCCACAGAUUAAACCUGAACCACAGGCUACCUUCCUCUUCUUGUUCUUCUUGCAUUACCCAUCAGUGGUUAAAGGUGUGGCUUGACACCUUCAUGUAGCUGAUUUACACCUGCACAUAUCUUUAUUUCCCUUUUUUUGUAUUUUCAAAUGCUCCGAUAUCUACAGAGGCCAGCAAAGAUGUGGAGAAAAUAGUAAAUGCUUUAGGCAAAAGUCAUGGAAUUGUUGGGAAAAAAAAUCUUUCUAAAAUUCGGGUAUUUUGAUUUAGCAAAUAUUCGUGUUUUGUCUUCUAUACGUUUUUUUUCUCCAUCAAUUUGCAUGAACUUUCACUCCGGUGCCAAUGUAGGUGCCACUACUCUUACCCUGGCACGCUUCUUUUUAUCUAAAGUCAUAUUUGUAUUUUUAUAUCUAAAUAUUUGUUAUUUAAAUUAUAUGCUAGUCUAUCGUCUUACAAUUCAUCAACAAAAAAUAUUUCUACUUCAGAGAGGAUAUACAGAGCGAGACUGGGCUUCAUGGAGGCGAAGCUAAGAUUCUGGUCGACUGGUCUCAUUCUAUAUCAGAGGACGGGCGUUUUUUAAAGACUAACUGAAUGUGUCUGGGGUUUUUGCACACAUAAAUGUUAAACUAUUAUUAAGAAAUCGUAUACUGUGACUUGAGCUUCGUUGAUGAAUUUGUUAGAAAAUGGCAGUUUUAGAGUACAUUGCACUGUUUACGAGUAUCUUCAAAUAACAUGUGGUUAUUUGACCGACCUUGGACAUUACAGUUUUUGUUUUUUAAUUUUGAUUAUUUUGUACCAUUAUUUUAAAGAAACUGGAUAUGGUUUGUCGUGCAUGAAACCUUAAUAUUUUCCAUACUGAAACAUUGUUUUAUGAAGCAAAAAAGCGACAAAAAUGUCAUGACAUUCUAAGAAUGAGUCAUUGUAAAUUAUGAUGCCAUUUUCACUGUAUUUGGUGAAUUAAUAAAUGGUGAAAGAACA